AUGGCGGCCCUAAGAUUUGUGAGAUCAGUUCUGAAGUCGUUUCAAGAAUCAUCAGGGCUUGAGCCGAGACUUUUUGGUGAAAAUCUUCGAGUCACAGGAGCAGAACCAGGACGUGUAUACUUUGAGCUUGAUAUUAAAAAGGAACACACUAACCGUCUGAACAUUAUUCAUGGAGGUACGAUUGCUAGCAUGGUGGACUUAGGUGGCUCACUAGCUGUUGCCUCAAGAGGUCUUUAUGCCACUGGUGUUUCUACUGAUUUGAAUGUCACAUACCUCAACUCUGGUGGUAAAGUUGGAGAUAUACUAAAAGCAGUUGUAACUUGUGACAAGUUCGGAAAGACGCUAGCAUAUACGUCCAUUCAGUUUACGAAUAGUAAGGGCGAAGUAGCAGCACGAGGAAGUCAUACAAAGUUGGUCCUCACUUCAAAUCUCUCUGAAUGUCAAGCUAAUCGAGUACAUAAUAGAUACGUUGCACUUGCGUGGAAAGAGCCGAAGAAUGUAGUUGAGGAAUUGUCACCUCGUCCUUAA